AUGUCUGCCGCGGCAGAAUUCCUCCACUUAUCAACGGCGGCACUGCGUCGAGCACCUCGUGUCGGUGCUGGUAUCUCUCAGAUUACCAACCGACCCGCCAUACCUGGCAAGCUGGCCGCCAUUUCCCACGGCAAGCUGCAACGUGAAGCCUCAUCUUCAACACCCGACCUUCGCCGUUGCCUAGGCCACCACGACAUCUUACGCAGAUGCGUCAAGGCAGCGGAGGAGGAUGAUGCACGAUUCAUCAAAGAAACAUACUACGAUGACGAUUUGGAUGUUCCAACUAGCAUGGAGAUUGAAUAUGCCCCUAUCCGGACGCAGAUCACCAAAGCGGUCAAAACAAUGAAACAACUACCCAAUCGAAACGACGCCGGAUCCUUGCAGCCAUGUUUGGGCUAA